AUGACGACCAGCGGCAACGCUCACAGCGAGGAGGAUGGCCCGCGCUUCCUCAACAGCUUCAGACCCAAGGUCGAACAUCUCGUCGGAAAUGCCAUCCAGCUGCAGGUACCAGUCCAACGGACGAUGGAGCUGCUGCGAGACCUCAUUGAGAGAGAAGUGAACGCUGCUCCUGUAUCGUCCGUCUCCCCUAAUCCGCAUCAAGUGGCGAGGAUGUACGCGGCAAUCGUGAUCUUAGCUUUCACCCUGAACUACGCGCUCCUACCUUGGAGCGCUUCUCUCCUCUCUUACGCCAUCACCGACCCGAACGGCCUCGUCCCCUUCCCAUAUUUCAUCGCCGCCCUCGCCGCCUUCAACAACGUCGAAGGACCCGACGAAGCAAGCGCACGAGAUGACCCCGUCCUAGCAGACGCUAUUGUGUCUCGCGCCGUCGAGAAGGGCUCAUCGCUCACGUACUCGCAGCUCGAAGAGGCGUGGGACCUGCUCGAAUCAAUGGACUACACGAGGAAGAGGGACAAGACGGACUUGAAGCAGGAGAUCAAGCCAAUGAUGAGGCGAUUGCGCACCAGGUCGAAGGGAGCUGGGGUCUUAUUGCAGAUGAUGGAGAGGCUCUUCCCUGAUCAGGAGCAGGAGCAGGGCUCGAGCUCGUCGACAACUUCUGCGCAAGUGCAGCCGUCCGCGCCGCAAUCGCUACCCACUCCAAGUGCUCAUCAACUCGCCAUCCAGCACGCCGCCGAGGCGGCUAUCAUCGUCCACUACCUGGGCAGCGCCACUGUACCCUGGCAGCAGAAGGUCUCUCUCGCCUCUCACUUCCUUAAUGUGCGUCUCUUUGCCACAUUUUCGUCUUCCGAGGAUCAGCAUGCGCGCACGCACGCCGCCUUCUACACCAACCUCCUCGACGCAGCUUGCGCCUCCUCCUCCUGGUUACAGGUGCGCUGCGCUCUCCUGCCCUGCCUCUUCGCCGAGCUAGAAGGGGAGAGGACAUCCAAGCACGACGCAGGGGAAGCUUCAUCUGCGCCUUCGUCACCCGCGCCCGUUUUCACCGCAUUGGAAACACUUUCACAGCGCCAUGCAACGCUCUGCGCGCCCAUCGCCCGGGCAUGUCAAAUCCUUCAGCUAUUUGACGAGUCGCAAGCAGCUAAGCUACUUCGGCCGAGCGAGGAGCAGGAGCAAGAGCGACCCGCCACCCUCUUCACCUCGCUUCGCUCUGAAGCACAGUCUCACGGCCAGAGCACAGAGUCGCUUCUCUCUCAGCAGCUCCAAGACGCGACCUCAACACGCAGCAUUAUCUCGAGUCUCUCCACAGCCAACGAUCCAGCCGACUACCCGCUCGCGCUCCCCCUCUCACAAGCCCUCCCUACCAUCCUUCAGAACGCGUCCACUUCCUCCCUCCCCACCCUCGCGCGCCUCUGUGGAGCACUUCUGGACUCCCCGCAAGCCCUCCAGCUACUGCUGCUCUUUGUCACUCCGACGCAGCUACUGGACCCGCUCCAUCCGCUGGUGGAAGAUGACGAGGCUUUGCUGCGGCUGCAAGGAUCCGGCGGCGCUGGGCAGGGGGGAUCGGGAGCCGAAGGGGAAGACGAGGAAGAAGAAUCCGCCAUGGUAGGACGGGUGCUCUUGUUCGUUCAGACCCUCCAAGGCAUUCAGCGCAACGGUGGCGGCUCUUUCAGCCUCGGAUCUGGCCCCAUCCCUCCGGACCCAUCCGCCAACGACCCUGUCCUCCUCUCCCGCUGGAUCAGAGAGCUCUUCGACUCAGACGGCGUCUCCGACGAGCUGAUCAAGGACUCGCCACCGCGCAUACUCCUCUCCUCGUCCCUCGUCCCCACCCUCUUCUCCCAGGCGAUCCAUGCCGCCCAGCUGGGGAUGAUAGACGAGGAAACGCUCAAGAGCGGGCUGAGCGUGUUUCUUCAAGACAUUCUCAGCUUCGCCUUACCCUCCGGCCUGAGAUGGCUGAUCAGGGAGCUCGCCGCUUCCCUGACCCUGGAUGAGGAAGGAGCAGGUUCGGGCGCAGGUACAAGUGCGCACGCGGGAAGAAGGAGUGUAUUGCUCAUCGCGACGCUCGAAGUGUUGGUGUUGGACGACUCGUGCCCUCCUGCGGCUCUCAGGCUCGCGGAGGGUGAGUGGCGCAGUGUGGGGAGGAGGUUGGAUGCGCAUGUGAGCAGGCCUGUGAGGGGUGGCGAUGAGCCAAACUUCCGGGCGCGUGUGGACAUGUUGAGCAACAAGUUCAAGACGGUAGCCGGGGAGAACGCUUCGUCCCACAAUGAGGGUGAAGACAGGCUGGCCCUCAGCUCGGACCUGCUCGCCCUCUUGUCGCUGUCAGGGUCAUCCUCUGAGGGCAACCUAGAUAUCUUCGAGGCGGACCGUCAAACGGUGCAGCCCCUCCUGGACUUCCGGCUCGCCCAAGCCCAGACAACGGAAGACCAAGGCCAAGGGCGGAUGAUGGGCCUGACGGCGCUACGACUUCGCGAGAUUCUCUCCCCGUUACUCGACUUCCUUUACACCAGCUCGAGCUCGAGUAGCGCAACCAAGGAGCUCGUCUGCGCGGCAUCGUACGCGCACUGGCACUCGACCCUGACCCUGGCGAAGCUCGCGGAACAAGAACGAGGAGGAGCGGGGACAGAUCCCUCCAACGCAAACCUACCGAGCCUGAACCUCGACCUAGACAUACUCAUCGAGCGCUGCGUCCUGCUCCCUCUGAACCUCCAACCCAGCGAGGCUGACGUCGCGUCAAGCCUGGACAACCACGAACUCGCAGCGCGGUGGAGUCUUGCAGGCCGCCUGAUGGGACAUUUCCUCUUUGAGCGACCGCGAGGCCUAGCAGCCAUAGCCGAUGAGCAGGAGGGAGGACGAAACAGGGGACAAGGAUUGGCAGACAUGCUCGUCCUGCUGGCUCAUCGCACCCACGCCCAACUUCGUGCGGCUAAAGAGGGCACGGGAAGGGAGAAGCAGGCUCAACGAGCACAAACGGACGUGGAUGCGCGUGAGCUCAUCGAAGCUUUGCUGCGCGGGAUGAGGGGCGUCCUACCGCCGGGGCGGAGCGAGGCUGAGGCUGAGGCUGGACCAACAGACCUCUCCGUCAGUGAUCGUCAGGAGGUUUGGGCUGCAAUACGCUCCUUUGAGCGCCAGCUGACUGAUGCGCAGAAGGUUCUGAGCGAGGAAGUGAGGCGGGCGAACAGGAUGAUUGGCCAAGGUGUGUGA